CCCCAAAGCAGCUAGCUAACCAUCCGACCUCGGGCGCAAUCAUCCAUUGUCCUCAUGUGCUCCAGCCUCGUGAUUACUUAGUUCUUCGAUCACUUUAGGAUCGGCAUUAACUGUGGUUCUUUUUGUCAUAUUGUUCGCAUAAGCGUUUUCCUCUUAUUACUCCUUCGUUUCAACCGUCUCUCUCGCCACCCUCUCCGCACUAGACGUUAUCCCGAUCCCCUCCCCAGAUUCCAACAUUAGCCGUGUCUCCAACUUCUAGGGGAGUGAACACUAGCUAUAUAUUGAGCGACUCAACUUUUACUCGCAUCGCGACUCGCUUGUUCGAUCUUGAAGUGAAUUCAGGGGGAGCUCUACGUCAUGGGUACUAAUGGGCAUUUCGCCUCGAUUGGGGGUGAGAGUAGCGACAAGGAAGCCUACGGGCAUGGCGUGCAGGUUAUUGAUGAGAAUAAAGAGUUCAAUCCGAACCUGUCCAAAUACUUGACCGAUGAGGAUGUCACGCCAGCAGGCUUCAACUAUCAUCUCAUUUCCGUGUUUGGGUCUCAGUCCACGGGAAAGUCGACGCUCCUUAAUCAUCUAUUCGGGACACAGUUCUCCGUCAUGUCCGAGAUGGAACGGCGACAGACGACCAAGGGUAUCUGGCUAUCUAAGAAUAAGAAGGGUGGGGAUGGAUCGAUGGCCGACAACAUCUUGGUUAUGGACGUGGAAGGCACGGACGGUCGUGAGAGAGGAGAGGAUCAGGACUUUGAGCGCAAGAGCGCCUUGUUUGCCCUGGCGACGAGUGAAGUCCUCAUUGUCAACAUCUGGGAACACCAGGUGGGUCUAUAUCAGGGAGCAAACAUGGGUCUUUUGAAGACGGUGUUUGAGGUCAAUCUUCAACUAUUCCUGAAGGACAGGAGUACCACUCACCGGUCCCUUCUGUUCUUCGUCAUUCGAGAUUUCGUCGGAACCACUCCCCUUCAAAACCUCCAGAAGACGCUCAUGGAAGAUAUGUCCCGCCUGUGGGACUCGAUCUCUAAGCCCGCGGGCCUGGAAAACGCGCCUGUGCACGACUACUUCGACUUUCAGUUCUACGGCCUGCCGCACAAAGGAUAUCAGCCGGAUCAGUUCGUCGCCGAGACGCAGAAGCUCAGCCUGCGCUUCCGUGCUGCCCAGCGGGACCCUACGUUGGAUGCGCAGAAAGGGCAGUUCUCCGAUGGAGGGGUGUUCCUUCCGGAGUACCACCGACGCAUUCCGGCGGACGGGUUCUCGCAUUACGCGGAGGGUAUCUGGGACCAGAUCGUCCACAACAAGGACCUGGAUCUUCCCACGCAACAAGAGUUGCUCGCGCAAUUCCGAUGUGAUGAGAUUCUGAGGGCAGUGAUGGUGACUUUCGACGAGGCUAUUGUCCCAUUCGAAGACAAGCAGUCCCAAGCCGCUCGUCUGGGCGAGCCCGACAUCCUCGGCGGACUGGGAGCUGCGAUGCGAUCGUCGCGUGCCAAAGCUGUGAAGAGCUUUGAGACCGAAGCUAGUCGGUACCACAAGGGCGUCUACCAGCGCAAGAACGCCGAGCUGGAAGAAAAGAUCGAUAGCCGCCUUAAGGCUCUUUUCCACGGUCAGCUCCACGCAGCGCAUAAAUUGGGGAUCCACGAAUUCAGCGAGGCUGUCUCGGGAGCUGUUAAGUCGGGCCAGAAGAAAGGCACGGGCUACGACUUUGCUGAGAUUGUCAAAGAUGAGGCGAAGAAAGCCGUCGCGAAGUUCGAAGAAGUUGGUCGCGCAACGGCCGUGGAGGGCACCGAGUUCAGUGACUAUAGCCAGGAGCUGGCUCUUUACGAAAAGGAACUCGCGGACGUCAGUUCACGGUUGAGACGGGACGAGAUGCGGCGCCUGGCUAGCCGAGUUGAGCGAUGGGUUCAGUCACGCUUGGGAGAGGCCAUCGGCCUCGAGUUCAACGCCCUCGGCUCCGGACGGGCCGGAGGUGGUGCUCCGGAAGAAGGGAAUAAGCCCUCCGAGAAAGGUUUCUGGGACCGUGUGUGGAACGUCUUCGUCGAGACGGUCCUCGAUGCUGAGCGGAGGUUUACCGACCGUGCCAGCAGCUUCGACGCCAGCUUAGAGGAGGUCGAUGUGGGCCUUUGGCGAUUGCGCCGGAAGUCCUGGGGCGUUUUGCGUGCCAAGAUCGACGAGGAGAUGAUUGAGGGUAACCUGCUGCUGAAGCUGCGCGAGAACUUCGAGGACAAGUUCCGCUAUGAUGAGGCUGGGGUCCCCAGGAUCUGGCGGCCAACCGAUGACAUCGAAGGCAUCUAUACUCGCGCCCGCGAGUCAACGCUGACCUUGAUUCCCCUGCUCUCCCGGUUCCGUCUGGCUGAUACAAAUGCCCCUCCCCCGCUCGACCGCUGGGUUGGGCACACGCCCACCUCUGCCACGCCGGCCGAUGAAGAGGAUCUGGCCCCCAUUGGCGGAGUCGACGAAGAGGAGGGCAAGAGCCUGGAGGAAGAGAUGACCAUCCUCGGCGACAGUAAGCGACAGGAGCUCACGGUCCGUUUCAAGAAAGCUGCGGACGGGGUGUACGUCGAGGCCAAGCGGAGCGCCAUUGGUGGCAUGACCCAAGUUCCCCUCUAUUUCUACGGCAUUCUGCUUGCCCUUGGAUGGAACGAGAUCGUUGCUGUCCUUCGCAACCCGGCAUACUUCUUCCUUCUCUUCCUGUGUGCCAUCGGGGCCUACGUGACCUACCAGCUCAACCUGUGGGGCCCGAUCAUCAAGAUGUCCGAGGCCGCCUCGAACCAGGCUCUCACGGAAGGCAAAAAGCGCCUACGUGAGUUCCUGGAGUCAUCUGACUCGGGCCGACAGGCCAUUGCCAUGUCUACUCCGGGCUCUGGGCGCGCGGAAGAGGUUGAGAUGUCUCGACUCAAUGGACAAGGCAAGGCAAGUGAAGACGCGGACGCGGACGCGGAUGCGGACGAUUUGUAAACGGGAAGAGCCUUGUAUUCUAUGUGACUGUAUCCAUGGAUCUCUGUAUUUGUCUAUUGUCCCAUUACAUAUAUUACUGAGCGAAUCACAGAUGUGUUUUU